UGUCUGGCAUAAUUUAGUUUGUUUUUUAAGAUUUUUAGUCCAUGUACACAAAGUUUAUUUGAAUUUUAUUGCUACUAACAUGUAUCACACAGAAGAACAUCGGUAAAUAGAUUUUCAUCAACAAGUCAUUGAAGAACUGUUUCUGCCUAUGGAGGAAGGAACACAAGGAGUUCCAACGGGCCGCUUAACCUCCGCAGAAGUAAUUUGCAAUCAAUUAGCAAGCUGGCCGACCAGCACAAAAGGCAUGGAGACCUCCUAGGGCGCGACAGAUUUACUACCCUGAUAAGGUCCUUUGCUCACACUGUGUCUUGCCGCUUCAUGGUCACACAGAAGACGUUCAUGCUUCAAAAUCAUUGGAGUUCACAAACCAUGCACAAACAAAUGUGCGUGAUCGAUCACUAAAACAGAAGCAUUUUUCACACCAUAUAGCGUGCGCAGUGUAUUCCAUGCGAUUCUCCGAAAAAUUCUGAAACGCUUGAUGUUUUGAUCGUCAAAAUCCAACUUUCCAUCGGUAAGUUUCGUUAUAAUUUCGUUGUUGGGAUGAUCGUGGAAUUAUGAAGAAUAUGAAUCCAUAUUUAUGAAAUUAAGUGGCCUUUCCGAGGCAUUCCAACUGCCAACAAUCGGGGAAUGUGUUUGAGGUGAUUUCCUUUGUUAACUUGUGUAGGUCAAAUUUUGGAGCGAUGUGGAGCAAUAAAUAUAUUGGAAGAAUAAAAUCGGGUUUUUUUGAGAAUUUUUGGUGGGGUAAAAGGUCAUUACUUUUUCUAAGCAUAGUUAAAGAACGGCUGUAGAACAACUAAUAAGACCAUAAUAUGAAGACAGGAAUAAUAAUGGGCUAGAAGUUAGAACUAGAAGCAUAUUCAAGUACAUAAAAUAUUUGUAAUUUAGGCCCUUUCUCCAUAUCAUGUCCAUCAUCCAUGUCGGUCAGCAAUUUUUUGGGGUGACGAAUUGGUUUUAUUUUUGACAAUUCUGAAAUGGAAAUGUACAAGACUGAUGCAAAGAACAAAUUUGCUAGGGAGGAUUUACGACUACAGUCACAUUUUUUAAGACAUGAUUGUUUCAAAGCUUUUUAAAAAAAUAUAUGGACCUUCCUCCAUGGUCAGUACGGUAUAUGAUUCUGUGAACUCGGAGUAUUAAUGGAUAUUCUACCUUAAUUUUUUACUCAAUUUUGUUAAAGAUUUUACCAAUUUUUGUCAGCAUUAGAAAUAGUCAUGUUGUCAAAGGUUUUAAUGUAGAAUCCAGACCCCACUUCAGUUGAAAGCAAAUGAAACCUUGUGGAAGUACAUGUACAUGUAACAUUUUCCUGGAUUUAUUUUAAGAUUUUUCUUGACUGUCGGAUUUUAUGGCAUGGAAUUUUUCCAGAUUUUAGUAAUUCUUUUGUGAUUUUUUUUAAAUGUGAAAUUCCUUUUUUUCAGUCAAAUUAUGAGGAAGCAUGGACUAUGGAGGAAGGUGUGUUCCCUCUUCCAUGUAUGGACAGAAAAAAGUAUUUUACAAAAAUGAAACUUACCAAUGAUUGCUUUUUGGUUACCAAUAUCCUUCGUGCCCCAUGCCCAUUACUUGUGGAAUUUUCUUUUUCCAUCAAUCCAUGGAGUUGCCAUGGAAAACAUUUCAAUGUUCUGCACCUGAAAUUCAGAAAUGUUUUUUCCAAAUUGGUCUAAUUUGUGUGUAAAUGAGGAUUUUGUUUUUUGUUCCCUAGAAUCAAAUACAAGUAGGCUGUGCACCACGGGCAGACAUAAGGAGUGCCUUCGGGAAAUUUGUAGGUUGUGCAGUUUCCCACGUGCAGUCCAAACUGAUCGUAAACCUGUCAAGAAGGAGCAACUGAGCAAAAUCAUUCAAGCUGCCUUUGGUCUUGAUGUCAAAGGAGAUUCUGAAGAUGUCCAUCCACUUUUCAUUUGCAAGCUUUGCCAUUUGAAAUUGAAGAAGUGGUGGGCAAAAGCUCAAAAGAAGCAGAGAGCAAAUUUAACCAUUGAAUUGACCACUUUUGUUGAAGCAUCUUGUGAGAAGUGUUCUGCCUCCAAACCCAGUGUUUUUUCUUAGCAUGUAGGGGAGUGGGCUGUAAUGACACAGAGGUUCGGGUGUGCCACGUGGCAAGGUGAAAAUCUCUUGCAGAUCAUGAAGAUGAGUGCUGAAGGAUUGCCUGUGGCCUUUCUCACCAUACAAAGAUAUUUCACAAUACUUCUUGUCUCUCGAGUCCCUGUACCACUGGAGAGCCAAUUCACCCAAGGUGUUGGUGAAAACCUCACAGUUGAGCAUUUGGAAGUGUUGUUAAAAGAGUUUCAUUACUGUUUGUUUGUGAGGGCAACCAAGAUUUCGAGGAGUUGAUAGAAAUUAAGAAAGGAGAAGAAGGUCAGGUCCCCAUCCAGAUAACAGCCAAUGAUACUUAUGAUGGAGUAACCAUAAGCCAUAAAAAAUAUCUUCUGUUGGUUGAGAAGAAAACACAAUGUGAGGUCUGCCAAAUCUACAGGGCUGACCUAAAUGCAUUGCUUGGUCAGCAGAAGGCAAAAAAACAGGUCAUCUCCACAUCUUCGAAAAUUCCAAACAGCAGUCUGACGAAGAAGCAACUGAAGACUAAAGUGGCCCUUCUUCAAACAAAAAGAGGAGGUCUAAAGCGACGGGCCGACAGUUUGACCGCGAAAAUUGCAAGCAUGUUACGAGAGGAAAGCAUAGGUGUAGAUAGUAUUCCUGCUAUCCACCAUGGUUGACUGUGAUGCAGAAAUGAGAACUGUAUUGGGAACAGAAACUCUGGCCCGUCUCCUAUGGGAGCAGCAGAAGGAAUCUGCUCUGAAGGACAAGCAGAUGAGAUGGCAUCCUGCAAUCAUACGCUGGUGUAUUGCCCUUCGGAGCAGAUCGUCCUCGGCUUACAACCUCAUCCGGCAGACUGGCUUUAUAAGGUUGCCACCUCCGUCCACUUUGCAUCCUUACAGCCAUUUUGCUAACCCAACUACUGGCUUCAAUUUUGAUAUGUUGGAGAGGAUUGUCAAGGACUACAAAAUUAGUCAGUGCCCAGAACGAGAGUCAAACAUCUGUCUCCUUUUUGAUGAAAUGAAAGUCAAGGCUGGUUUGGUGUUUUCAGUCCGCUCAGGAAAAGUGAUUGGGUUCACAGAUAUGGGUACGGUAGCGAAUGAAUUGGCUGAGUUUGAGCGCAAAUGCAGAGGUGACAAGGAGCCAGAAAUAGCAUCGCAUGUAAUGGUCCUAAUGGUAUGGGGUAUAUUCUCUCGUCUGUAUGCACCAGUAGGUUAAUACCCCACAGUCGGUAUAACUAGUCAUCAGCUGUAUCCAUGUCUUUGGGACGCUGCAUUGUAUUUGGAGUUGGCCGGUUUCAAGUACAACAAGCAAGAAAUCAAAUGGACCCAGCUUCUUCAAGUGUAUGAAUGGGACAUUGGUCUAGACCGGCAUUCUCCUGGACUACGACGUCUUCAUAAGAUUACUUAUGAACACCUGCACCUUACACCAUCUUUGAGGAUGCGAGUUUACAUGGCAGCACAGUUUAAUUUGUAGUGGCUGUUGAAGGAGUUUCUUGGGUUCCUGAAGGAGUGGGAGGAAGAAGUGCACAACCUCAAGGACAUUGACAAAGCAAGUCCAGAAGAAGAUGUGUCUCAGCAAAGAGACGACGGAUGGCAUCAAAAUCACAGGUACUCACGAUUGUAUAGAUUUUUGUUCUAGGUAUGU